GGGGAUUUUACUCCGUCCCACCUCCAUUCACACAAUUCUUUCAUUGACCGUUUCUUUGUUCCCAGAACUCCUGGGACUCUUUCUUUCAAAAUGCCAAACGGCAGAUGAACCAUAGUUCCUCGAAGUUUCCAGGCGCCAUAUAUAGUCCAACGACGGCGCCGCCGUCACCACCGCGAUCAUGCUGGACGCCCUCUUUUCGUUGCCAAUCAUGACGAUCCUCCUCAUCCCGGCCCUGUCGUCCUACAGAACGACUCUGAACUUCAUAUUCUUCUAUAUGACAUGGACGACCCUCGUGCUGUCGCAUACGCCCCUCCGCGUUGAAUUGUUCGGCACCGUCGCCGUGCGCGUGAUCUUCUGCUUCGUGCCCUCACUGCUGUUCUUUCUGUUCGAUAUCCUGACACCCUCCGCCGCGGCGGUCAUCAAGGUCCAUGGCGAAGCUGGUCUUCCUAGUGGCGGCAAACGGGCCAGGCUCCGACGAGAAAUCUUCAAAGUAGCCGGGUGGUCGCUGCUGAACAUCUUCCUGAGUGUUGCGGUGCAAGCGGCCAUCGAGAAACUUCGUAUCGAUGGCAUGCGCAUGCGCAGUGCGGUCAAGGUCUCCAUCAAGCUGCCCAUGCCAUUCGAAAUCUUCAAGGGACUACUUGUUACGCUUUUGGUUCGCGAGGUCCUCACCUACAUUAUCCACCGCUACAUCCUGCACUCGCGCGAUCGCCGAGUCUCCUUCAUCACUAAAACCCAUCGCAACUGGUACCACACUCUUCGCGUCCCCUUCCCCCUCACCGCGCACUACGACCAUCCGGCCCUCUACCUCCUCGGCACCUUCAUCCCCACCUACGUCCCCGUCGCGCUGUUCCGCAUCCACAUGCUCACCUACCUGUUCUACAUGGCGCUCGUCUCCCUCGAAGAGACCUUUGCUUUCUCCGGCUACUCCGUCAUGCCUGGCAAGUUUAUCCUCGGCGGCAUCGCCCGCCGCACCGAGAUCCACCUGUUCACCAACGACAGCAACUUCGGCCGCUGGGGUCUGGUGGAUUGGAUCUGUGGGACGCUUACCGUGGACGACGACGACGAGGAUGGCGGGCAUCGCAGGGAGUUGGCGGAUAAGGUGCAGAGGGCGGUGGAUGAGAGUACGAGUCGGAAGUUUUAUGAGAGGAGUCGGUUGAAGAAGAAGGGGAAUUGAAUCCGAUAGUCUGUUCAGUCGGUUGUUCAUGGAUUGAUUGAAUGGACAGAAGGUGUUGAUUCAUCACCUUGAGGAUGUUGCUGGGGGUAGGGAGAUCUAGGAGAACUGUUCUUUUUUUUUUUUUUUUUUUUUUUUUUU